AUUUUGACAGAUCGAUCAAAACAGUCGGCGUUUCCAUCGAUUUGUGUUUUUGUUUUCGAGUUUUUCGUCACAAUUGAUCAAAUAAAUACUGUUUUGGACAUGGAAUGUUUGGAGAGAGAGCCGGAUCCUUUAGAAGGUAGCUCUUUCAAUAUAGAAGUUACCGUAAAGGCGGAAAUAAAAGAGGAAGAUGAAGAAGAUCACUUCAAUACCAUGGCUCUCCUGGAACUGGCACAAUGCGUACAAACCAACCAGGAACCGAUUGAAUUCAACUCAACCGACGCAAUGAUGGAUCCAAAAACCGGUCUCAUGGUGUGUCUACACUGCCUCGAAGACUUCGACUCCAACCUCCUUUCAGACCACAUGGUGACGAUGCACAAUUACCGAAGAGUUUUAUUCAAAUGUAGCAACUGUCAGAGUACGUUCCAAGAACGGAACUUACUAAUGAUACACCGUGAAGAAUGCAGGCCGGAGCAGAAGGUCAGGAAACGUAAAACUUUCCAACAGAUCAUGCGUGAAGUCGAAGAGAGGUAUUUUAUGGAUGAACAGGACUUGUUAGAGCCUGUUGCUUGUCCGAUAUGCUUACUAGAGCUACCAAAGUACUGUUUGAAAGAGCAUUUGUUGAAUGAACAUCGGAAACCGGAUGUGAUAUUGACUUGUGGGAGGUGUAAUCGGAAUUUUAAAUCGAAGCUGACGUUGAGGGAGCAUGUUAAGUUGGUACAUGAAGCGAUUGAGGAUUCCGAAGAGUGUGAUCUUUGUGGUCAGAAGUUCCGGUCUUUGAAGUACUUGUCGAAUCAUAAGAGGAAUGUUCAUCCUAGUGGUAAUAAGAUCCACAAAUGUCUGGUCUGCGGCAAGGAGUUCAAGAGUCGCCUCUGCCUGCACCAGCACAGCAAGUAUGUCCAUCCACCGGAGUCGGCAUCCGUGGAGUGCCCACACUGUCCCAAGAAGAUCUUCAAGUCACGCAUUAACCUUACACAGCACCUUAAAGUGGCACAUGGGUGGAAGAGAAAGUAAAAAUAAUGUAUGCCCACCGCUGGGCAAAGUGUUGGACUUAAUACUUUUGUGCAGCAUGUAAAUCUAAUCUAUGCCCACUGCUGGGCAAAGUGCUGGGCAACCUGCUUUUCCUACUUGGCAAAGAUCUCUUGCCUUUGAGGGAUAGAUUGUCCUAAUGAUCAAAAGUAGUUUAUAUUAAGUUAAAAUCUAUUGUAGCAAUAAAUAAUUAUUAUUGGUAAAGUCUA